UUCGACGCCUUCACUACAUCUGACUACGGUAACUGCUACACGAUGGAUCACAAAAAAUAUAAAGCAUGGGGCAGUGGGACCGACUCUGGAAUAAAACUGACUUUAUACCUAGAAGUGGAUGAAUACAUUGAGAAUUUCUCCUCGGGGUAUGGUGUUCGGAUUGUAUUCCAUGAACCAGGAACAUUUCCUAUGCCGGCCGAUGAAGGCUUGACUUUAAGUCCGGGAUAUGAGACAAACAUAGGAUUGAGAGCGAUAAAUGUUACAAGACUAAAUGAACCCUACGGAAACUGUACGUCUGAUGUGGACAAGUUCCGGAAGAAAUAUAACUUUACAUACAGUAAAACGGCUUGCUUAGCGUUUUGCCGUGUAGAAAAUGUGAUUAAGGAGUGUUCUUGUGUACCAUAUGAUGCACCGGAUAUAGAUUUCGGGAAGAAACGUCGCAUUUGUGGCAGUAAACCCUGGGACGAGUUCUGCGUCGAUUAUGUAGACAACAUGUUUGAAAAGGGAGCGCUUGGUUGUGAUUGUAUCAGCCCCUGUUCAGAAUUCGUUUACAGCAAAACAAUGUCAGGGCGUGUUUGGCCGCACAAGGACUAUUUGGAAAAAGUGCUAAUGAAAGACAUUUGUGCCAAGAAUCUUACAUCAUUAAAAAACGCAUGUGCACAAAUUAAGAAUGAGACUACAGACUUCAAUUAUGAAAGGUACAAGAACAAUUUUGUAAGGGUAUUGAUUUACUUUGAGGACCUCAACUAUGAGAAGAUAACUGAGGAACCAUUUUACACACCUGUGCGAUUCGUGUCGGAUAUAGGAGGAGCGGCUGGACUGUUCAUGGGAAUUUCAUUGCUUAGUUUCUUUGAAGUUCUGCAACUUAUCCUAGAAAUAGUGCUGCAUCUGUUUGACCGAAAGACGGCUGGUCCAAAUAACGACGAGCUUCUCGAGAAAAAAGAUGCACCUACGUAGGAAAAAGUGUUGUCAUCGGAUCUUUUUUAUGCUUUUUGUUAAAAUAAUAUGUCUGGACCGAAAUGGUUAUCUCAUUUCUCAGAAUAGAGAAAAUGAAAACAAAUCUGGAUAGCAGAAUCGAUUUCAGGAGGUCUUUUCGGUUUCCGAUAUGGCGUAGAGUCAGUAUAAUAUAUGUACUGUAUAAAUGUGAUUAUUAUUUUACACAUUGUCUUGUAGGUAACAAUAUGAUGUAUUGUAAUGUAGUUGUUUACCAAAUCUCAAGGUAUUUGCUUUGUUAAAACGAUGUUGUCUAGUGCUAACAUGUGCAUUCAAUCAAUCAAUGACUAAAAUAUAACACUUUCUCUUCUUUAUUUGAAUAAAAUUAUUUUUUAAAAAAUGUUAGUACAAUGGUUUUUGCCAAUUUUGGUGACGAUUCCACAGGCCUUUGCGCUUUCUUUCUUACAAGAACGGUCAUCCGUGGAAUACAAAUAUAGCUUUAAUCAUAUUGUAUCCAUUCAUAGCAUAUAUAUCAAGGGUGUAAUGUAUUAAAUGAAAAUUGAUCUUGAUAUUUUGCUUUCGUUUUAAUCAAGAUCUUUUUAUUCGUUAUUUAUAAAACAAUCUAGUAUAGAUACUUUUAGAUAGCUUUCAUCCGUGGAAAACUUAAAAUAAUUUUCCAACUGCAUUGCUGAAUCUCGUUGAUAUGUCAGAUUGUAACAUACAUGGAUUGUUAGAGAUGUUGCAAUUGUUAUAUUGUAUGAAUCAUUUGCUUUUUGUGUUAUAAUCAAAUGUUCACUAAUGCUAUGUAUAUAUGAUGUUUAUGUACCACAUGGGUAUAUGAUCUUCUGGUUUAAUAAAAAACAAACUUGAAAGUCGUCACUCAUGAGCAGUGUAAUAAUGCUUAAGCGACGCUGUUCAAAUACUUUUUAAUCAUGUUGAAACGCUGUAAAAGGAUCACUUGGAAGCAAUGAAUGCAAUUAGUAAGAAUAAUAGCACACUCGGUUUGACUGAGUCUGUUCAUGAGAGGUAAUGAAAUGCCCCAUAGCACCGGCUUAAGCGGAACUCUAUUAUACAUCCAUUGAAUGGACUCCAUGAUCCCAAAGGACCAGAAAAUAUAACUUUUACAGCCGACACACGGCGCUUCAGGAUUGCUGUAGUGAAAACCUGCACAUCUUUGGAGUGGUCUUUAAAGUCUUAUAACAAAUAAAGCGAAAUUUGUCACAAUGCAUAUGACUACAAAAGUGUUUAUGAUAAUAUAUAAUAUUAGUAUGUAUACAUUCGACAUCCAGUGUCAAUAUCAAAGUAAUUUCUAAAAUUGUCACUUAUUCAUCAAUAUCUUCCAGUGUAAAAUACUGUAUGCGGUGUAUAUCUAAGUAAUUUAAAAAUAAUAAAUGUUGUAAAGUGUUUGUCUUGUUCAUUUUCCAUGCAGGGAUAAAAAACUUCAGUUUCUAAGGACUGGUAUGACAGUUCACGUAUUAUGUUAACUUACAAAAUAUGAACGGAGCAUAGUUUACCUCGAAUAAUGGAGUCAUAAAGAAACUGUAAGGAAAAUAUGAGCCAUGCCAUGAGAAAACCAACAUAGUGCGUUUGCGACCAGCAUGGAUCCAGACCAGCCUGCGCAUCCGCGCUGUGUGGUCAGGAUCCAUGCUGUUCGCUAACGGUUUCUCUAAUUGCAAUGGGCUUUGAUAGCGAACAGCAUGGAUCCUGACCAGACUGCGCACUAUGUUGUUUUUCUCAUGGCGCGGCUUAUAUAAUUUUCUAAUUUUAUGGCAGAUAUAUUCGUUUUGACCUUUACGUCAGUAGUUCCGCUUACGUGAAGGAAUGAAAAUAGAAUAUUUUUCAUAUUUUCACGACACCUCUGAAACUAAUAAUCCUUAAUACCCCAGUCACACAUACGGUGUGGAUAGCUACGUCUAGCUACGAAAAGAAACGUAGUAAUACGUAUCGAUCCGUACCUGAGCCGUACCUCAAAGUAGUCAUUCGUAUUAAUCCGUACCAGAACGUGGUCAAAACGUAUUCAAAACUUAUUCCAAACUUGCAAGUUUCUCCAACUUUUGAACAUGCACAAAAGUUUGAGCGAACCGUAGCCAUUUGAGCGUGACUUUAGUCCAUCUUGGCUGAAACUUAUUCAUCCGUAGUUAAACGUACGUUAACGUAGUUAUCCGUGCUGUUACAUACCUCGCCGUAGCUGAACGUAGUUAUCUGAGGCUGCUCGUACUUAAGCAUAGUUCAACGUAGUUUACCGCAGAUCCGUCCGUGCGCUGGGCAAGAUGCAAUGCGCAGUAAAACGUAAUUCAACGUAGUACCUCGUACCUAUCCGUACCUAUUCGCGUCCUGUAUU